GCAUUCUGUGAGCAAAACCCAUUUGUUGGUCUUUGUCAAUUAAUUCUUGGAGUAAAUAAGGGAAACAAAAUCUCCAGCUACAAUAUAUAUUAUUUUUUUCUCGAUUAUUCGUAAGAUAAUUACUUGUUGUGUUUUCAAUUACUGCCCCUCUUGCGAAUCAAGUAAAUGGGUAAAAUCUCUUACUUUUCUCGGAUGAUUUCUUGAAGCUUCCGAAGAACCACCCCUUUUUUUCAGCACCAUCUCUGUGGUCUCGACAGAACAAAGCAAACAAACAAAACAGAGUUUUUCACUGUCUUCUUCUUUCGCAUUCGAAUAUUCGAGAAAGUUAAUUAAUGAUGAUGAUGAAGCUUGAGAGAAGUUAAAGUCUGUGGAAAAAAAUAUAGCCAUUCAUCAGAAAGAUUGAGAAGUAGACACCAGUCAUGGACAUCAAAUCUUAUCAAGAUCAUGCAGAGAGUUUUGUCACACACUAUUUAUUAGCAGAUCCAUUUCUUCCAUAUACCUCUGUUCUUGCUGGAAUCUUUCUCUGCAAAAUGGCCUAUGAUCUUACGGAACUAUUCAGCUCAAUUCAUAUUAAAUCAUAUUCAGCUCUCACAAACAUGAAGAGAAUUGAAUGGAACAACCGGGGAAUCUCUACAGUCCAUGCGAUUAUCAUCUCAUUCAUGGCAAUCUACUUUGUGUUCUUCUCUGAUUUGUUUUCUGACCAAAGAGGGCUUCAAGGGCUUAUGGUGUUUCGUAGCUCGCCUAUUUCUAACUUUGGUUUAGGAGUAUCAGUUGGUUACUUUCUUGCAGAUCUUGGCAUGAUCAUUUGGUUUUACCCUUCUCUAGGAGGAUCAGAAUAUAUUUUCCAUCACUGCUUAUCUGGAGUAGGAGUAGCGUAUUCUCUGUUCUCUGGAGAGGCUCAGCUUUACACAUACAUGGUUUUGAUCUCUGAAGUCACUACACCAGAGAUCAAUCUUAGAUGGUACCUUGACAUUGCUGGUUUGAAGCGAUCUAAAGCUUAUCUUAUUAAUGGAGUUGCUAUUGUCUUGGCUUGGCUCAUAGCAAGAAUCCUUCUGUUCAUCUACAUGUUUUACCAUGUUUACAUACACUACGAUCAGGUGGUACUGAUGCAUACAUUCGGUUAUCUACUGGUUUUUGCUGUACCGAUUGCACUGAGUGUGAUGAACUUGAUGUGGUUUGGUAAGAUAGUGAAGGGUUUGAAGAGAAUUCUUGAGAAAGGACAGUGAAUAAGGAUCUUUUUUUUUUCUUAGUGUAAAUAUAAUAAAUCUCUUCUGAAGAAGAAUGUUACAUGUUCAACAAAGAUACAUGUUUUUUUUUUGAUUUUAAUACUUUAAGCAUAAACACUAAUUUUACUUCUAUACAAUCAUGCACAUAAAACAAGAAAACCAUAUCUUUGUAACUACAAGAUCAAAAAUCUCAACUGUUUCACAAUUGACAAUAUGAUAUUGUCUUGGUAACUUUGUGAUUUUCAAUACAAACAAAACCUACUGGUCACGCUACUAAUUUCGUUGCCGUUACCGUUUCCGAUUUAAGAAACCAACUCUUUCUAUGAUCAUCUAUCUUUCUCGCUAACUCAAACUUAGUCCAUUCAUUAAACACGUUGAGACUCUCAUUUUUAACAAUUAGUGUUUACCAUUUUUGAAUAUCUCAUCAUAUAUACUUGAGUUGAGUCCAAAGAAAAAAAGCAAAGUAAGAAGAGAAAGAAAGAAGUCAUUAAUGGCUGGUUUUGGUCUUACUUGGAAUCGAAGAGAUGGUUUCAAAGUUGUCCUUCUUCUUACAAGAAUCUCCGUACUCUAGUAGUUCUUCAACGCCAAGCUUAGAGCUUGAAUGAG